AGGGAGUCGGGGUAUUUAAGCAAAUGUUGAAGGCCGGACUCAGAUUCCCAUUGAGUUCGCUUCACCGUGAGCUCCUCCGACAACUGGGGUUAUCCGUGAAUCAGAUUUCCCCUAAUGCUUGGAGGGUUUUUAUAGCGAUGGAGAUCUUGUACGGCGCUAUGUCUGACGGAGAAAAGAGGCUGACGGUUAGGGAGUUCUUUCACUGUUACCGUCCGGACGAAAUUGAUAAGUCUAGGGGAAUAUAUAGCUUCGUCCCCAGGAGUCCGUUGUUGAAAGUCAUCUAUGACACACCGGACUCAAAUAGGGAUUGGAAGAGCCGGUACUUCUUCCUAGAAGGCAACGGUUGGAUGGGUCGUCUGGGGGACACGGAUUUCAUGCCCGUUGACACUACUUGGGGCAUUUUACACCCGUCUAUUAGACGACGCCCCCAAAUUGACAUUAAGGAGUUUGCUUUCCUUGAGAAAAUUUUCUCAAAGACCAAGCCGGAGGAAAGGACUUGGGCAAAGUUGGUAACACUUAAUACCAUUCACUGGUAUUGCGACGGACCGAAACCGACAGCGGCAGUCGUCAAGUACGAAGCACAGAUAAGGAGGCGUAAGCUCGUCACCCUAUACUUGAAAAAUUAUGUAACUUAUUUUGCUAAUUAACUCUCCCGUCCAUGUUUCAGAGAUGGAUGACGCCAAGAGAAGAGCUCUGAUCCGAGCAAAGGCCGCAAAGAAGACCGGUGAUGACGCUCCCCCUGCGACGGGCCUAAGCAAUCCGUCUGCGAGGCGGAAAACUCAACCCAAAGUGGAUCAUCAGGCCAAGAAGGCCAAAGUAUCUUUAGAACCCGUCGUGGGACUUAUGGCGGAGCCUCCGAAGACGGCCACUCCAAUCAAGCAUGGGGUUGGCAAGGGCCUGAUGAAGGGCCCGUCGAAGGAUCAAGAGAAGC